AUGAGUGGCUUUGCACUGCCGCAGGCUAAGAAGAGGCGCCUAGAAGAAGGGAGAGAGCGGUGGAGUUGGUCUACCCCCCCCCUCCUCCUCCUCCUCCUCCUCCUCCUCCUCCUCCUCCUUCUCCUCCUCCUCCUCCUCCUGCUCCUUCCUCCCUACUGCACCAAAAGAAAACUCCGGGCUGGCUGCAGCACCAUGUCCUCCACUCAAAGUGAGGAUAUAUCAGGCUACCAUCUGAGUGUGGUGCGUAACCCGCCCGGCUGGGAGGUGGGGAUCUACCUGGUGGGCUUCUUCGUGCUACUGGCCGUGGCUGGGCUCAACAUCUGGAAGUUGUGGAAAUCUGGAACCUUCCCUGCGCCGUCCCCCUUCCCCAACUUUGACUAUCGAUAUCUGCAAGAAAAAUAUGGAACCUCCUUCUCAGAAGUCAGACAAAAGCGGGUGGCUGCCAACAACCACCGGCGGACCUCCUACACCUCCAGCCGCAAACCCAGCCUGGCCCUCGGCGACACCCCGGACUGUUUCAGGGAUCUGGGCCACCUGGAGCUGAUGAACAAGGAGCUGGACCCGACAGGCAUGGCCCAGCUUAACCGAUCCAUGUCCACCGACUCGCUCAGCUCCAUCUCCUCCAUCGCCAACAACUUCGGCCACGACUUCACGGUCGGCCAGCUGGAGGUGACGCUCGAGUUUGAGCCGUCCAGGCAUCCGGGCCAGGGGCCGGGAAUGCUCCACAUCACUCUGCACCAGGGCAAAGACCUGCUGGAGAGGGAAGAGGGAGACUUCCCCGGCUGCUUCAUCAGAGUCUCCCUGGGGCCUGAUGAGAUCAGUGUGGGAGUCACAAGGAUCCAGACAAAUGCGUUCACUGUGAUUUUUGAUGAGCACUUCUCCAUCCCCAUGGACUCGUCCUUGUUGGAGGAGUACAGCCUGCGUUGUGCAGCUUUUGGUAUCGAUGCUGAGGAGAGAAACAUCAGCGCUGGGGUCGCAGAUCUCAAGCUGUCGGACCUGGACCUGACCAUCCGACCAUUCAACGCCUGGCUCUACCUUCAAGAUGUCAAUAAGGCCGUGGAUGCAGUUGGAGAGAUCCUGUUGUCUCUGAGCUAUUUGCCGACAGCAGAGCGCCUCACAGUUGUUGUGGCCAAGUGCAAGAACCUGGUGUGGACCAACAGCAAGAACACUGCAGAUCCAUUUGUCAAAGUGUAUCUCCUGCAAGACGGCAGGAAGAUCAGCAAGAAGAAGACUUCAACCAAAAGGGACGACACGAAUCCCAUCUUCAAUGAAGCCAUGAUCUUCUCUGUGCCGUCCCUCGUCCUGCAGGAACUCUCCCUGAGGGUGACAGUGGCCGAGGCAACAGACGACGGCCGGGGUGAGAACCUGGGUCAUGUGAUCAUCGGCCCUGAGGCCAGCGGGAUGGGGAUCACCCACUGGAACCAGAUGCUGGCUACUCUGAGGAAGCCCGUGUCCAUGUGGCACCCUCUGCGCAGGAUCUAGCCCUCUUUUCCCCCUUCAUACAAACCCGACCUGUUUCAAGUAAAAACACUCGCUUAUUCACGUUCCCUUCACCUCUACCCUUAUUUGGUGCCAUGCUCGAGUCUGUUACACUGUUUUAGGGAGAUAAGAGUUUUUGGCCCACAUGAGGAGACUGUGUGGGGUAUGUUUCACUCUGCUGGUGGAUAACAUAUUG